CUCCAUCUUUUCCUCGCACCAGCCAAAGCAAAAGCAACCACCAAGCUCCAAAGCGAAGCGACCGACCCAACCCGAAAUGGCGAUGGCACCGUGCGCCGCGGCCUCCGUCUCCUUCCCCGCCCGCCCGGCGGCUUCGGCGGCGGCGGCGGGGUCCUCCGCUCGGCCGCGCGCCGGGGUGGUCCGCGCCUCGGGCGGCGGGGAGGGCGGCAACGGCAAGUGGUGGGCGCCGCUGCUGGGGUGGUCGGGCAAGGCCGACUACAUCGAGGCCCCGGCGCCCGCGGCGAAGGAGGACGCGGCGGCGGCGGCGGCCCGGGGCAGGGCGUUCGUGGGGGGCCUGACGGAGGAGAAGGCGCGGGAGCUGCGGGCGCGCAUGGCGCAGACGGAGUCCUUCCACGACGCCAUGUACCACUCCGCCAUCGCCUCCCGCCUCGCCCGCUCCGCCUAGGUCGGGACGACGGGAGCAGCCCGUCGACACCGCCGUGGAUCUAGCGCGCCGUCCGUGCGCGCGUGUGUAUAUGCAUGUUGCGUCCUGGUUUUUUCUCUUCUUUGAGUUGGGGAUCCGCCCCAUUGUUGUUGUUUGAGUUGGGAUCCGCCCCAUUGUUGUUGUUGUUGCGGAGGAGGAGGCGAGAGCGCAAGGGAGGGGGCUCUGGUUUUAAAAGCGCCCCUUCCUUCGCCGGCUCCCCGAUCUGCUCCGAUCUGGAGCAUGAAAUGUGUUGUUCCCGAAUCAUUUCCGGUCUGCGCUGAAAUGGCAGAUCCGCGAAAAGUUGUUGCAAACUUGAUGAGAUUGGAUCCCAGACUUUGUUGCUGCCAAUUUAAUAGAAAUGCAUUUGCGCCUCA